AUCUGUAAGCAAGCAAGGAAAUAUGCAAGCAAUGAUCUCCACAGUGUUGAUUGUACUCAUCUUUUUCCCAUUUUCCCACUCGGUGAAUUUCCAGGUUCAAAAGUUCGGCCCUGACGUGUCCGCCGUCGUCCUUGAAGGCGACGCCGAGAACUCCGCCGGCGAAGUCCAGAUCACCAACAUCGACUGGAACUGCCGCGUCGGCCGAGUCAUACACAACCGGAAAAUCCCUCUCUGGGACACCAACUCCGGCCAACUCACCGACUUCACCUCCCGCUUCUCCUUCCGUAUCGACCUCCAAAACCGCACCGAAUACGGCAACGGCUUCACCUUCUUCCUCGCCCCGCCGGGCUACCAAAUCCCUCCCAACUCCGCCGGCGGCUUCCUCGGCCUCUUCAACACCACCACCACCGACCUCCCGGAGACGCAGAUCGUGCACGUCGAGUUCGACACCUUCUCCAACGACUGGGAUCCAAAGUAUCAGCACGUCGGGAUCAACACCAACUCCAUCACCUCCGCCGUCACCGCCCCAUGGAACGUCAGCCUCCACAGCGGCGAAAUCGGCACCGCCUGGAUUGUGUACAACGCCGCCGUACAAAACCUCACCGUCUUCUGGAGCUACGGCGGCCGCCCCAAUUCCAGCCUCUCUUACAGCCUCGACCUCAAGAAGAUUCUCCCUCAAUGGGUAAUCGUCGGCAUCUCCGCCGCCACCGGCCGCACUCUAGAAAUAAACGCACUCGUAGCGUGGGAAUUCGCCUCCGGUCUCGACAUACCGGAAGACAACGGAAGCCAUAACAAAAACAGAACUAUCGGAUACUCUGUCGGAUUCAGCCUCUUAGCUUGCAUUCUGAUCGCCGCCGCCGGCUUUUUAUUGUCGAGAAAAAGGAAAAAGAACCGCGAAAGUAAAGACGAGACGACGAACUUGACAUCGAUAAACAACGAUCUCGAACAAGGGGCCGGGCCGAGGCGAUUUUCUUACAAGGACAUAGCCUUGGCGACCAACAACUUCUCGGCCGACAAGAAGCUCGGACAGGGCGGAUUCGGAGCGGUUUACAAAGGGCAUCUCACCGGAAUGGAUAUUCCGGUAGCCGUGAAAAAGUUUUCCGGGGGAUCAAAACAGGGCAAGAAGCAGUACAUAACAGAGGUGAAGAUAAUAAGCAUGUUGCGUCACCGGAAUUUGGUGCAGCUAAUCGGGUGGUGCCACGACCGCGGCGAGUUCCUCCUCGUGUACGAGUUCAUGCCCAACCGCAGCCUCGAUUACCACCUCUUCGGCCGAACCCGGAGUCCCCUGAGUUGGAAUCAGCGGUACAAGAUCGCGCUCGGGUUAGCAUCGGCGUUGUUGUAUCUACACGAGGAAUGGGAUCAAUGCGUGCUGCAUCGAGACAUCAAGUCGAGCAACUUGAUGCUCGACUCGAGCUAUAAUGUGAAGCUCGGCGACUUCGGGCUGGCCCGGCUGAUGGACCAUGAGCUCGGCCCGCAGACGACCGGGCUGGCAGGGACGUUGGGCUACCUGGCGCCGGAGUACGUGACGACGGGGCGGGCGAGCAAGGAGUCGGACGUGUACAGCUUCGGGGUGGUGGUGCUGGAGAUCGUUACGGGUCGGAGGUCGGUGGAUCCGCUCGAUAAGGCGACCGGGAAAGGGUUGGUGGAGUGGGUUUGGGAUUUGUACGGCGCCGGCGAGGCGUUGGGCGGAGUGGAUGGGAAAAUCGGGGCGGAUAUCGACAGGUGGCAGGCCGAGUGUUUGACGGUGGUCGGGCUGUGGUGUGCGCAUCCCGACCGGAGCUUGAGGCCGCCGAUACGCAUGGCGGCGCACGUGCUCAAUUUUGAGGCGGAGUUGCCGAAGCUGCCGGCGCAAAUGCCGGUGGCUAUGUAUUAUGCUGCGAGCAAUCCGUCGGUGAGCUCCGGUGAGGCUUUGGUUACAGAUUCGAGUAUGAAUGUUGGGAGAUAGAAGACUUUCAUAAUUCUAAAGGUAAUGGUUUUUUUUUUAGGUUGAAGUUUAAUUGUAUGCUAAUGAUAGGUUGGGAUAUCUUGUUGGAACUUAUCAAAAAUUAAACAUCAUUAUGUGUUGAAAUAA